UAUAAAUACACUCGUUCCCUUUCUCUAAUGUAUCAUCAUCCUUCUCUGUUUUCUGCUUCUACUUUCUCUCUGUACAAUCUCUAACCUGAAACGAUGGCCAAAGCACAAAGCAUCCUCCUCCUGUGCGUUGCACUGCUGCUUGUUCUAGCACAAGAAAAUGAGGUCUUUGGCUCCACGGAGUCGGUUCCAGAGUUUGACGUACAAGCAAGGAAAGGCAGCCAUCAGACGUAUGGUACCACUCAAGGCAGUCUUAAGCCACAAGAUUGCGGUCCAAGAUGCACGUCUAGAUGCUCGGCAACGUCAUACAAGAAGCCGUGCUUGUUCUUCUGCCAAAAAUGCUGUGCCAAAUGCUUGUGUGUUCCUGCUGGAACCUAUGGGAAUAAGCAAACUUGCCCUUGCUAUAACAACUGGAAGACCAAGAGAGGAGGCCCGAAAUGUCCCUGAACAUUACAUGUUCCUUCGAUUAUAUUCCUAACCAAUCAUUUUGGUAAUUCCUAGUAACCGGCCACGGCCACAAUUAGGAGGAAGAAGAAGAAGAAAGGCAGAGCUACAUUGCCUUUGUGCUCUUUAAUUCAUUCCAAGUUGUAUGUGCCCAAGUUUCUCAGAAGUACUACUGGUCUAUUUCUGCA